AUGCGACCUUUCUCGCUGCUUCUUCUUCUUCUACCCGUAUGUGACUCCCUCAACAUUUUGUUGUUUCUACUGGGGACAAACCAAUACGAAAGGAAUAUUUUUGAGUUUUUGGCUCAGCAACUUGCUCUACGGCAUCAUAAUGUGAUAACUGUAAAGCCUAUUUUGAUUCCGGAAGAACCUCGUCUUGUUAAGCCAAAACUCCAUUUGGUGAAGGAGAAGACGUUAAAGAAUAUGUUGCCGAAAAAUCUUUACGAGGACCUGGAGAAAGCUGGCGACGUUAUUCCAUGGAAAGCGGGUUACGAGGAGGAGGCGUACGAUGAAGUUUACUGGAAAGCACACAAUGCCAGUUGCUACAAGAUGAUCAACUCAAAUCUUCUUGAAGUACUACAAAAAGAUGCUCCUGACGUUGCAAUCACUUACUCGGGUAAUCCAUGUCAACUAGCAAUUGCUCAUAUUCUUGCGGUUCCUGUGAUCUACUAUGAUCUUGAAGGUCUUUCCGAUGAAACUCUCGUUGCUUCGAAUUCACCGCUCAACUUGGACGCUCCUCCAUCUAGAUGUUUCUUGCCUGAGGUUCCCUCUCUUUACGCACUAUCUCGUAUACGUAAUGGAAUCUGCUGCCUACGAGAGUAUUUGGUCCAAAGUGGAAUUCCCUUCGUCUCGAAGAUCAUCUCGAAGAAAUAUCGAUUGCUUGAUGACCCUAUUACAACGAUGUUUGCUGAAGACUACAACUUUCAGAAGAGAUUCAAACAGUUCCCAGCAACGACCACUCUGCUGAGAUCCAGCUCAUUCUUUUUUGCUAACACAGAUCCGUUACUAGAAUUUCCUCGUGCACUGUCUCCAAGGGUAAUUCCUGUUGGUGGAUUGCACAUCGACCAUCCCAAACCACUAUUUGCGCCAUGGAACAUCUCAAUUGAGUCAGCGAAGAAAGGACUGAUUAUCGUUAGUUUGGGAACACAAGCGAACCAUGCUGGCAUGAAAGCGUCACAGGUAAAAGCGAUCCUCGGUGCUCUUUCGAAACUCAACGAAUACCGUAUCUAUUGGCGAAUCGGGCACAAAGUUGAAUUGAAGGGAGUUGAAGAGGGAAGUGUACCAUCUCAUAUAAACCUGACCGCUUACAUACCUCAGAAUGAUCUACUCGCUCAUAGAUCUUGUCGCAUGCUAAUAACCAACGGCGGUAUGUCUUCAUUAAUGGAAGCGGUCGCAUACGGGGUCCCUGUUGUUGGAAUACCGCUCUAUGGAAGCAAUAUGCACAAUCUUCAAAAAGUCGUCAACAAGGGUAUUGGCGUUGUUGUUGACAAGGAUGAACUUACCGAACAAACACUCCUAAAUGCCAUAAGGACCGUGCUAGAGGGAACAAAGUACUCAACCAGAGCAAAGGAGAUGUCCAAGGAAUUCCGUAGCCGAUCCACGUCUGCGUUCGCAACCGCGUUACACUACAUCGAACACGUUGGUCGCAACCAUGGUUCCGCAUUUCUCGGUCAUACACCUCUUCACCCGCUUGCAACUCUUAAUUUCGAUCUCUUUGCAGUUGUACUGCUAUUCUUCUAUGUUCUUCUAUUUUUCACCUGUCGGCUGUUUCGUUUAGUAUUUAAUUGUCAGAGAAAAGCACAGAUUCACAAACAGUCGGAACCAAUUAAAGGUAGACAGGCUAAAAAAAAUGACUGA